AGAGAGGCUGCUGCUGCUGAAAAAAGACAGGGAACAGAGGGGAUGGGAGAAGGAAGCGGAGACCAAGAGGCUGGAGACAUGUUCUGAGAAAAGGCAGAGUGUGGUGACAGUCUGUGGGAAGCCGGCCUGAGAGGACAGUGGGAACUGGAGCUGGACGCAGGUCCAAAAAGAGGCGACACACCUUCUGCAAGGAACUGUUUUUCACCAAAACCCCAAGGAAUCCAGCGCCACCUGCGCUGCUGAGGGCACGUUUGUUUUCCCCCUCACCCGCUCCCGACCCUGUCUGCUCCCUACCAUGCCCACAUUGCCUGAGGAAGAGGAGGACUCCCCCGAGGAGCUAGACAGUUCUUCUAGCUCUCCCAGUACAUGUGCACCUGGUGAGAGUGGAGGUGUUGUCAUGACUGGCCCCACAAUCAUCUACCCACAGCAGGCCUCCAUUGUCCAACAGGAUGGGCGUCCUCUAGAGCAGGCCAGGCCACAUAGUCCCAGAUCUCGCCUGCCCAGAAACUCCACUGGAGGACCCAUCACCACAGUUGAUAGCACAGGCCAUGUGAUCGAUCUGGUGAAGGACAAGCUGCCGGAGAUGCAGCUUUCUGAGGAGGAUCGCCAGAAGAAUCUGGAGUUGCUGGAACAAGCUAAAAAGGUCAGCGACCGUUUUCUGAUGCGCCGGGGCCGCCGUUCCAUCAGCAGCCUUUCCGACUCUCCCACAGUUGUGGGAUUCCCUGACGUGGCCUGCGGCUCACAGUCGGUCAGUCAGCAUCUAGAUGUUGCCUCAGUGAGAGGGCAAACGGACGUGACGACUCAGGAUCAGGAGGGCAGCAAACUGGUGGUUGACUGGAAGCUCACAGAGAAGAGAAAAGUAUCUUCUGGGACCCUAACACCACGGUUUGCCAUUCCUAAGGAAAACUGUGAACCCAAAAGUACCCCAGGAGCCAACAAAAGUGAUGAGGGAGCCGGGUCGGGACGAAAUUCCAACCAGGCCCCAGCUACAGGGGUUGCCAAGCCAGUCCCCCGGCCCCCGACGCAACAGGCCCCCUGCACAGCCGAGAUAAAGACCAUUGGAGCCUUUCCACCACUAAUGAGGGCUGUCUCCUGGGAUGCUGUUGGAGGCAUUAACUCUAGAAGCGGAGCGGAGGACACAAACUCUGACAAGGCCAGGGAUGCCAUCUUUAAAGCCUCAGGUCUCAAGGAGCUCACAACACCCAAACUUUCCAAAUUCAGAGAGGAGCACAAGCUGAUGCGUAACCAAAGCAUAGUCGGAUCCAAGUUACCGGACUUGAGUGAAGCUGCUGAACAGGAAAAAGGACCUGCUUCUUCUUCAGACUCUUCAACCAGCAGUGAUGAGACCAAGUCUGACGCCAUGCCAAACAUCUCCGACGUCAUGCUAAGAAAACUCAAACUUCACCGCGGCCUCCCUGGCUGUCCACCUCCCCUCACGGAAAAGGAAGUUGAGAAUGCAUUUGUCCAACUAUCACUGGCCUUUCGUAAUGACAACUACACUCUGGAGACUCGCCUCAAACAGGCAGAGAGGGAGAGGAACCUGACUGAGGAAGACACACAGAAAGAACUCGAAGAAUUCAAAGGCGCACUGAAGAUGACUGCUCCACAGUGGCAGAACUUGGAGCAGCGUGAGGCCUAUCAGCGACUCAUAGAGACCGUCGCUGUGCUGCAUCGGCUGGCCACUCGCCUCUCCAGCAGAUCAGAGAUAGUUGGAGCAGUUCGACAGGAGAAACGCAUGAGCAAGGCUACCGAGGUCAUGAUGCAAUAUGUGGAAAAUCUCAAGAGGACGUAUGAGAAAGACCACGCUGAGCUGAUGGAGUUUAAGAAGCUGGCCAACCAGAACUCCAAUCGCUGUUAUGGAGGGUCUGUAGAAACCGGAGAUGAUGGAGUUCCUCGGCCAUCAAGAUCAAUGUCGCUCACUCUCGGAAAGGCCCUGCCCAGACGCAGAGUCAGUGUCGCUGUGGUGCCUAAAUUUAAUCUCCUGAACAUCCCUGGUCAGACGCCGCCCACAGGUGGCCCCAACUUACCAUCAGCUUCCACUCCUGGUGCCGCUCUUCCUGCCCUGAGUGAAGCGAAUGAUGCAAAAGGAAACUCAUCACCAGAGUCCACACAUCAGACAUCAACAGAGUGUGGAAAGAGUGUGUCGGAGCAGGAAGGCGAGCCAGCCAAGCCUGCAGUCAACUUAGAGGAGAUCAGAGCUGAGAUCAGGGCAGAGAUCAAGGCAAAGAUUGAGGAAGAGGCGUACAAUAAAGGCUACCAAGAAGGACUGAAGCACAACAAAUCAAUCCAGGCAGAAAAGCAAGAAGUGGAGGAAGCUGCAGAGAAGUUGCAGGAAUCCAAAAUUAGGGAUGAAGAAAGUGGAAAGAAGAUGGAAACAAACAGGAGGUUGGAGGAAGCCCUGGUUCUUCUUCGCCGCAUCUGCCCCAAAAUUUCGUGGAGUAAACGACUUCUCUGGCUGGCCCUGAUGGUUUUUCUGGUUAUGUGUUUGGUUAUCAGCAUUUUCACCUUUUUUAGCGACUACUACAACAGGCGUGAAGACACAUAAGAACAAAAGCACUUUAGUCAAGGCAAGAACACAAUGUUUGAACCAAAGAAUCGUCGUUUCUGUAUGAAUCUGUGACACGGUAGCUUCGGCAAGGAGGUUUAGAAAUAACUUUGUUUAGUAUGGAAAAUGAACACAGUUGAUACUGUUUCUUAAAGGGGCCAAAUAAAAUAUUGGUACUCAUGAAUAUAAGUAUGAUGAAUAUGGCACUUUUGAUAUAAAGUGCUCCUGUAGAUUACAGUAGGUCUCAGGUCCAAUAGAUAUAUAAAAGCCCCUGAGUUAUUACCAGCUGAUUUAAAGAUAAAGAACAUGUUUUUUUUUAAUUAUUUAUAUAUUGUGUAUUUAAAUAUUUCAAAUAGUUUUCUAGAGUGCAAUAUUUUCUUGCAAUCAGUUGGUCUUUUUGUGCCAUUUUGGAUUGCAUCUUCAGAGUGCUGGGAGAUGUUGCACUCUGUUUAUUUGCAUCUUCUCUCUCGCAUGUACAUCUAUUUGUGCUGCCAACUCCGCAGAGAUUUGCUCAGACACGUCACCUUGAAAUAAUAAUUUGUGGAAACAGUGCAUUGUCUUAUUGGUGGAUAAAUGUAAGCCUAAGGAAACUGUACUUCUUCAUACUAGCUAUCCACUCCCUAUUAAAGUAUUCACUGAGAAAUCAACAAUGCAAUGUUAACAAAAAGUGGGAGCAUUGUAUGCACUGGGUCAUACCGAGAAAUAUUUCUAAUAAUUGUAAUAUAGAUCUUAAUGUGAGAAUAGCAUAUUCAAAACUAUAAUAAGCAUACAUUAUUGCUAAAUGAUUACUUCACUGAUGAUGUCCAUCAAAACUGAGCAUUAUUAUGUUUGUAAGGACAGAAUCUUUGAUACAGCUGUCCUCAACCAUCACCCUUGGAGUUCCCAAACUCGUCUAAGCAGACAAGCAGCUGAGGCUGCAGGAUGUUAUUGUACUUGGCCAUGAAAUAAUCUGGCAGAUAACAUUCUCUGCAAUGUCAUGGUCACUUGAUGGAUUCAUUCACAAACAAUACAAAACUAAGACAUCAGAGGAUGAGGGGAAUCUAGGAGGAGAUGGGAGUGAGAAGUGACAGGUCUUGGAGGUCAUUUUCAAAUAUGAAUGACAAAGAAAAUCCUGGAAGAAGCACAUUUGGGUCACAUACGCUAUGUUGGCUGAUAAAAAACAGUGAUAGAAGCCAUAUAAGAACAGCAAUGCUACACAUAAGUGCAUAAAACAAUAGUGACUUGAAAAGUGACUUGACGCAAAACGCUUCUUGAUCAUUACAAAUGCUUUUAAUAAAGAAAAGAGAAAAUUAUCCUUCCUUUUCAUACAAUGAUACCCCUCACACAGCUCAGUGACACGCCGAUGGCACACAAACACACUAUUUGCGUCAUUUCCCGUGCUGUCAUGACAUGCAGAGAGGUGUUUUUGUGGAAGCGGGAUCAUGGGAGGACCCUGGGCAUGUUCAUGACUCUGCAAGUUCUCAUGGGAGGAAAUCAUUUGGACCGCGUGUGCAAUGUCAAGUGUCACCGACACAAAAUGUGUUAUCGUGUGACAGCGGGUGUAAGAUCGCACCUUCAUUCACUUUGAAAUUACACAUAUUUAUUCCUGAGUUAUUGUCGCACCUGUGUGCUAUUUUUUUGAAAAUGACAUUUUUGGCGCCACCUAUAGGUUGUGCCCAAAAUGCUUUGGAAGACAUGCUCACAUACACGUCAAUGGCAGUUUAGGCAGAGCCUCACAUGUCAUGUUAGAA